CAUGUGCACAGUGCAGAUCUUCCAUUUGGAGUUGCACCCUUCCUACACAGGAGUGGAGGAGAGAAAUCAAGUGGGUUUUGGUGCUGCUGGGAUCAUUUCCUUCUCCUGGUUUUGCUUUCAUUUCUCUUCAGCACAGAAGUGAAAAUCAUAGGCUUUCUUGUGCUUUAUUCAUAAUAUAUGAAAUAAAAUUUGCAAAAAGGUUUUGCCCUCCUCAGCUGCUCUGGGUUCCCUCCUUCCCCUCAUUACUAAUUAACCACUGUCCUCAAGCCUUCACCUGCAGGUAUUCUGCUCUCAGCUUUGACAUCUGUGGCUUUUUCUUUUAAUGAUUUGGUAUUUGUUACAACUAAUUUGGAAGCCCACGUGAAAAUUACAGGAAGGCAGGUUUCAGAGCUGGGUCUGCGACUACUUAAUAGUAAUUGAAUCCUUUUCUCUACUUUAUCUGAUGGUUGUGUAGUGUACUAUUGUAUCCUUACAAGGAGCUGUGAAAUAAUACCAUGGGGCUAUAAAAGGUCUGGAGAGUCUUUCUGCAUUGAAUUUCUCCAGCUUCACAGAAGCAUAGUUACAAACUUUACCCAACUUCCAGCGUCAGCAGUGUGGCAUUGAGUAGUUUAGCAUGGUUCUUCCCAGCUCAGGUGGUGAGGUGAGCCAUAAAUACUGCUGGGCUAUAAUUUGGCUGACAGGAUACCUUUAACUGAUAACACCAGCUCUUCCCCCAGUGUCCCAUUUAAUCAGGAUACCGUGCAUGUUGACUAAGCAGAGCUUGGUCUGGCAGCCUGAACUUAGUUAGGCACGGCUCCUCUUUUAACAAAAUUACUAUUUUUGGUUGUGUUGGUGUCCCACACCUAGGCUGUAACCUCACAAGUUAAUAUGGGCUUUGCUGUCAGAACAAAUAAGCACAAAUGGAGAAAGCUGAGACAGCGUGGGGUGCCAGACCUUCUUCACCAACCCCCAGGGCUGCGUUCUGAAGAGCUGCCACUUAAUGAAGGGCUCCUGUGCUCCUCUUAUCUGGGGUGGGGGUUGGGGGAGGCAGAAGCCAGCAGUGCCUGGCAGUCCCAGCGCUGAGCAGGCAGCUGCCCUGCACUGCUGAGCUGCUGCAGCUGGGGCACUGCUGGGAGGGAACUCAGUGGGCACCUGGGUGCUGCAGCCACGCAGCUGCAGGUGAGACAGAUCAGCUUGUUAUCCUCGCUAGGGCAGAGGGAUGGCUUAUUUCCCAAAAAGGAUCUUCAGUUGUUAUUUUACCCUUGGCCACUAACCUUGCGAUGAACGUAGAAAUGCUGUAGAUAAGUACCCAUGUGAACGUACUAAUGAGUUGCUUGCGUUGAGUGAUUUGUUGUGGCAUCUAACUGCUUCUUCUCUUCCUUCCUUUUUGUCACCCUGCAGUGUUCUGUGCCAAGGUCUUUGUGGCUAGGCUGCUCCAACCUGGUAGAGAGCAUGUGCGCACUGAGAUGCCUGCAGAGCAUGCCCAGUGUCAGAUGUCUCCAGAACACAUCAGUGAUGGAGGAUCAGAAUGAAGAUGAGUCUCCAAAGAAAAAUACCCUAUGGCAGAUAAGUAAUGGAACUUCAUCUGUGAUUGUCUCAAGAAAAAGACCAUCAGAAGGAAACUACGAAAAGGAAAAAGACUUGUGUAUUAAAUAUUUUGACCAGUGGUCUGAAUCAGAUCAGGUUGAAUUUGUGGAACACCUUAUUUCACGAAUGUGUCACUAUCAGCAUGGACAUAUUAACUCUUACUUGAAGCCCAUGUUACAACGGGACUUCAUCACAGCGUUACCAGAGCAAGGCUUAGAUCACAUAGCAGAAAACAUCCUUUCCUAUCUUGAUGCCAGAUCACUCUGUGCAGCAGAGCUGGUAUGUAAGGAGUGGCAGAGAGUCAUUUCUGAGGGAAUGCUAUGGAAAAAAUUGAUUGAAAGAAUGGUACGCACAGAUCCGCUGUGGAAGGGACUGUCAGAAAGAAGGUGUUGGGAUCAGUACCUGUUUAAAAACAGACCAACAGAUGGCCCCCCAAAUUCAUUUUACAGGUCCUUAUACCCAAAGAUAAUACAGGACAUAGAGACAAUAGAAUCUAACUGGCGAUGUGGGAGACAUAAUUUGCAACGGAUUCAGUGCCGUUCUGAAAAUAGCAAAGGUGUCUACUGUUUACAGUAUGAUGAUGAAAAGAUAAUCAGUGGCCUACGAGAUAACUCCAUUAAGAUUUGGGACAAAACAAGCUUGGAAUGUUUGAAAGUAUUAACAGGACAUACUGGCUCAGUUCUUUGUCUGCAAUAUGAUGAAAGGGUUAUUGUAACUGGAUCUUCAGAUUCUACAGUGAGAGUUUGGGAUGUAAAUACAGGUGAAGUUCUGAACACGUUGAUUCAUCACAAUGAAGCAGUGCUUCAUUUGAGGUUCAGUAACGGAUUAAUGGUGACAUGCUCAAAAGACAGAUCUAUUGCUGUCUGGGAUAUGGCAUCACCUACUGACAUCACCCUGCGCCGUGUCUUGGUUGGCCAUCGUGCUGCUGUUAAUGUGGUAGACUUCGAUGACAAGUAUAUUGUGUCAGCAUCAGGUGACAGGACCAUUAAAGUCUGGAGUACAAGUACGUGCGAGUUUGUUCGUACUCUCAAUGGGCACAAGCGUGGCAUUGCAUGCCUGCAGUACAGGGAUCGACUAGUUGUCAGUGGAUCUUCUGACAACACCAUUAGGCUAUGGGACAUUGAAUGUGGUGCCUGUUUAAGAGUAUUAGAAGGCCAUGAAGAACUGGUCCGAUGCAUCAGGUUCGACAACAAGAGGAUUGUUAGUGGAGCCUAUGAUGGCAAAAUUAAAGUUUGGGACUUGCAAGCUGCUCUUGACCCUCGUGCCCCAGCAAGUACAUUAUGCUUGCGUACGUUAGUGGAACAUUCAGGACGUGUCUUUAGGCUCCAGUUUGAUGAAUUUCAGAUCAUUAGUAGUUCCCAUGAUGAUACAAUUCUGAUUUGGGAUUUCUUAAAUGUGCCACCCAGUGCCCCAAACGAGACUCGCUCUCCAUCUAGAACAUACACUUACAUCUCCAGAUAACAGUCUGCACUUUACUACCCUCAGAAGGGUUUCACAGUCUUGAACUACUGGAUUUUGGCUCCUACAUGCCUGAAGAUGUUGAUCGACAGCUAAAGUCAGAAUUGGUUCUAGAUGCUGUGUAGAUGCAAAGCAGCACAAUUCUAUAUCUAAAUUUCUUAAUCUUUCCUGCUCUCAGUGGUCGUCUUUGAAUUUACUACAAAUUCACUGACUUCGAGUAGAUGAAUUUCAGAAGCCUACCCUCCCCUGCAGUGAGAAAUCCAAAGCUUCACAUGUAUAUUGUCCGUAGAACCUGAACUCAGAUGGCUUGUUUUUCAGAAAUAAAUCAGACGUCAAGAAAGGACUUGGCCUAAUUUAUAUUGCUUUGCACUUUUGUCUGACUUUAAAGAAAAAACAUUCUCCAACGAAAUUUGGGUGCCAAACACAUACCCAGAAUGUACAGAGCUUUGCUUUCAAAGUCAUCAUUGUCCUUUAGACUUUGCUCUUAUGACAGAUUCAGAGCCUGUUUUGUUUAAUAGGAGUGUACGUUGGACUCUUAGAAAUAUUUCUGAAUUGCUCAGUAAUAUUUUUUGGAUUACAGUUUACUUGUUUCUGCACCAAUAAUUUCUUUUAAAUUAAAGAUUACCUGUAAUUCAGGCUAGGUUAUCUAAACUAGUUGUAUAGCACUGUCUUUUCCUUUUAACUGUGCUCUGUACGACAGCCGUCCUGCGCUUCCUAAUGUUUGGUAUAGUAAAACCUUUCCGUGUGUGCUUGCCUCAUUUCAAAUACUGUAUAAGCAUGUAGAUAUGAUGUACAUAACAGUGUAACCUCCAGGUGCUAGGAGUCAGGAUUUCCUGACACUACACACUAACGCAAGCUGUGGUAGCACUUGGCAGCAGGAUGUUCUAACUACUGGCACUGUAGGGGAUAAUAUGAAUUAUCUAGAAAUUUUCUCUGCAAAAGGAGGUUUUCAGUAUUCAUUAGGAUUUUUUUAAUGGGAACUACAUAUUUUAAAAUGUAAUUUCUAAACUUUUUAAAAAUUAAAAAAAAAAAAAAUGUUUAAUUUAUGUUCUGUAUCUUAUAUUUUGUGCCGCAGUAUUUACAGUUGUCUUUCUUUUACCACCAGUAGGUUGUCACAGUUGCCUGCUGACGUCCUUUAGCAUUAGUUUGGCUGCUCAGUGGAGGAAGUGCCAUGGGCCAAAGUGAAAUUUAUUUAUGUUGGAUUUGUAACCCUUCCUCAUGGUGGAGUGGAGGUCCCUUCAGGUCAAUGCUCUGAUCACCAUGCAGGUUUCCUUACCUGUAGCUCUCAGCUGUAACCAUAACGCAGUGUCCUGGUCAUGGUUUCUCUUUGUUAGCAUGCUUUUAUUUGGGAAUCUCAGUAGUUUCUUUUUAUGUUGUCAUAGUCUCCCCUCUAAUUUAUGUGGUCACAAAACGCUACUGCAUUUCUCUUACGUUGGAGUAAGCUGUGGACAGAUGCAAACUUGAAUAUUGUACCUUCGUUAGCCGUGUGUGACUGUGCCUGCUGGUGGCUUUUCUUCACUGCUUCGGUCAGCGUGGAGCGCGCCUGUUUUCCUGGGGAAGAUACGUGCUGGCACAGAGAUGGAUCACCACAGAUUGAUGUAUGUCACGUGUUUGUGUCCCCUGGCAGCGCUUUGUUGGGUUGGAGAUUUGUACCAUCAGGAAGGCUGAGGGCUGUCAGGUUGCUGAGGGGCUGAGUGCAGGGAGGUGUUCAGAAACGAGUUCAGAGAAAGCAUGCGUCAAGACAUUGCUGAGAUGGGCCAGCAGUGCAUCUUAAGGUUUUCUCCUCUUCACGCUGAGAGAGGUGUUGGGAUCGGUGUUAAACUCCCAUUCCCGUGUUACAGCAACAUCUUUACUUCAUCAAGAUGACCAAACGUGAUGAAGUACAGAAGGUGAAAAAUGUGCUCCUGAUUGUCCAAAAGAUCCCUCGUUGGGAGGUGUGGCAUUACUGUGUGAAGGCAUCUUACUUCCCCUUCUCAUCUAAUAGCUUUAACAUCAAAUGGUUUAAAAUCUGUUGCAGCCCUGAAAAAAAAAAAAAAGAAAACAACAAAACCAAACAUAAUUGUUUCUGAAGAAUGGAGUCCUUUUUUAAAUGCAUGUGUAAGAUUUAAAUUCCUGUUUUUUCCUGGGGAGAUGAUGGUAUUUGAACAUGCGGUCCGAACUUCUUUGUGCUUUGUGUAACAUAGCAGUGGACUUUUGUGAUUGGCACCCAAGGAACUCGACUCCUGGGAUUCAUGGUAGUGAUCCUGGCUGCACUCUGGACUUUGAUUUGCUAACAUAAUUGAGCAACUGUACAUUACUGCUAUAUUAAUGUUUCAAAGCACUGGGAUAGUCUAAUUCUAACUUGUAAUUAUGUUUGCCAAUUACCUGUUUGGAAAGUUGGUGUAUGAACAGCUUAUUGAAACUGUUAAAUUGUACAGAUAUCGUUCAUGAUCUAAAGCUUUGUACUGUGGAAUGUGCUUAAUAAAAAAAAGUUUGAACUUAAUUUGUCAAAUAAAUGGAUCAGUAAUGUCAUUAA